CGAACGAUGUUUGUCUUUCAAAGUUGUACUCGAUGAAUCCGCAUGAAAAAUUAUGCGUUAUACUGAACUACUGCUUAUCUGCAGCGUUUUGCUGAAGUUGAGAGAAAGAACGCUUGCCCAAAAAGAAAUUCUUUGUGCAGAACCAAUAGAUUUUGGUAUCAUUUUGGACUCAUCCGACAAAGCUAGCAGCAAAUGGCAAGAGGUUUUGGAAUUCACCACUUCACUAGUGGACUUUUUCAAUGUAGGCCGCCUAAAAAGCCAUGUUGGUUUAAUCACCUACGGCACAGAAGCACAAUUGGUUAUGGACUUCAAAACUUUUGAAGGUGACCUCCUUACUCCGAAAAAUGUAAAAGACUAUAUCCAGAAAGUAGUGCCAACCGGUGGAGGACGCCACAUUGACAAGGCGCUAAAACUUGCAAAUGAGAGACUUUUUACUGCAGAGGCGGGAAUGAGGGUGAAUAAAAAUGACAUAAAGAAGAUUAUGAUUCUGUUAAACGCUGGUAAACAAACAGGCCCACUCGGCAGUCUUACGUCUUUACAGGAGGCGUCCAAGCCUCUGCGAAACAAAGGAAUCAAUAUUUAUGUUGUGGCAGUUGGGAAUAAGAAAGACAUUGACGAGGAUGAGCUGGUAGAAAUUACAGGCACCCCAGAAAAUGUACUUACCACGGAAUCAUUUGACCAACUUGUAAACUUGGCAGAGGAAGUUUCCAAAGUUGCUUGUGGUAUAAAGCAUAUGGAGGUAAGCUAUCAUUCGUCGGAUAAUUUCCUCGUAAUAAUUGAUAAUAAUCGUAAUAAUUAUUUGAUAUGGAAGGCAACAUAUCAUAACUAUGCGUUCAGUAACUCGUCUCAUUUAUGACAUGCGUGUUACUGGUCGUGACGUCACUAAAGGCGACCAAGGAGUCUCCAUUAGUGAUAUAUAUAUAUAUAUAUAUAUAUAUAAUUUAUCAAUCUAGAUCCCCAAGAACGAUUAAUUUGCCUAUUACCUGCAUCAAUACAAUGCGUUUAUUGCAAAUUUGAAGUCUUAGCUCUGAAAACUUUGAUGAAGCCUGGGUGGAUAUAUUCCAGCAAUUGUGUCGAUGGGAGUUUUCUCGGUGAGUGAAUAAAUCAAUUUUUGCCAAUUGCUUCGUUCAAACAAAUUCGAUGCCAUCAAAUUUGUAACUCUAGGUGUGUGUUCUUUUUUUUUUUUCAGUAUCAUUUUGGAAACCAAAAAACCAUUUUGGCGACGUGAUGAAUAAUCCUCAGCGAUACGAGAUUUGCAGUUAUACUCUCUCGGUCUGUUGUUAACCACAAGCGAACGACCUGAGGUGACCGAGCUGAGCCUGGUGUAGAAGCUGAGCAAAGCUAAACAUCGAGACACGCGCAUCUAAUCUGUGUUGGGAUCCUCGGUGAAUGGAAACCAGCAAAAAAGACAAGCACCAGAAUAAAAGGGUUGUGCAGGCGAAAGUGUUUUCUUAGUCCCCACCCACCUCUCCCUCCUCCUUAACCCUUCCUCUUUCCACAGACGCCUUUUUUCUCUCGCUCCCUACACUUUUACGCUCGGUUACACAAAAAUCAGCCGUUUGAGUGGUAAUAUACGAUCCUGUCAUUGCAAGACUGUUAAGGUCAGACAGGCAAGGUGGAAAGGGGAGGUUGAACCAUCCGACCACCUCCCCCCCGUCUCCGCCAUUGUAUUAAUGCAGUUGAAUUUACGUUUUUUCGAUGACAACACGGGCUGCGUUCAUUUCAUGAACAGCGCCUGGUGGGAAAUCUCCAUUUCGUAGUCACUCACUCAUCAAAUCAGUUUCAUGUGAUAAACAUCGAUAUCUUGCAGACUGCGCGCUGGCACUUGAAUCGCCAGAUAAUUGUCACGCAAACCUACAAUUAAUCAGCCUACAGGCAUGACUCCAGUUUGAUUCAUUGAUAUCGAUGAGCCUCAGGGUUUCAGGGUCCAUUUCAGUUUGGUCUUAUAAAAUAUAUCAUUUUUUCUAUUAACAAUACGCAAUAAUAAGCCCAAUUAAAAUUACUUUGGAUAUAUCAACAAAGUUGAAAUGGUAAAUUGGCCACCGUAAUGAUUACAAAAGCUGACGUUUCGAGCGUUAGCCCUUCGUCGGAGCGAAUAGAGGAAUUGUGGGUUGACCACAAUUCGACUCGACCAAUUAAAAUUACGAUUGACAAGUAAUUAAUGUUCUUAACCUGACCGCGGAUACUAUUUGUUGGGGUAC